UUGGUUUUUUAACAGUCAAUGCGUCAGAAAAAAACUGGUAUUCAGAUCGGAGAAGAAAACAAUUUUUCCGAUUUAAAAUUCCCAAAAUUUCAAUUUCAAGAAAAUAACACUAAAAAAUUUGUAUCAAAAAUCCCAAAUCUUGAAAUUCAAAUACCAAAAAAAAAUGAACAAAGAUUCAAUCUUUAUGAAAACCCACAACAAAAAAGGUCUGUUAUUAUGAAUCCCCAAUUGAAAAAGUCAUCUUAUAACAAUAAUAAUAGAAGAAAUUCGCAUAAAAAAUCUUUAAUUUGUUGUUCAUCUUCAGAAGCACUUUUGGCUACUAAAACAAUUGCUUUGAAGUUAAUCAAGUUUAGCCAUGUUAAGCUUUUUUGGAUUAAAGUCCCUUCCAGGGUUUUAAUCCUUCUAUUUUUGCCAUCAAUAUACUAUUUUUCACUAAGUUAUAGAUCUUUUUAUCUCUAUAUACUCUUUGUUAUUGCUUUCUGUAGUGUUGUUUUAUCUUCAUUUAAUAUCACUAGUUUUCAUGCUACUAAUCUGCCUUCAAUCCGGUUAUUCGUUGCUCGAAAUAUCCAGAAUUUGAGGCUUUAUAGUAAAUCAGAUGGUAGUAAUAGUAACACAUCAAAAACACAUCCACCUGUUGUUUGGUCAAUCGGGUCAAAGGCCCGAUUUGAGGAUAAAACGAAUUCGGGGUUUUUGGUUAAGGUGUAUACCAAUGGGGAUGUUUAUGAAGGAGAGUUUUAUAAAGGGAAGUGUUCUGGAAGUGGUGUGUAUUACUAUAAUUUGAAUGGGAGGUAUGAAGGUGAUUGGGUUGACCAAAAGUAUGAUGGAUAUGGUGUCGAAACUUGGGCGAAAGGGAGCCGAUAUAGGGGACAGUAUAGGCAGGGAUUAAGACAUGGUUAUGGGGUUUAUAGAUUUUAUACAGGGGAUAUGUAUGCUGGAGAAUGGUUUAAAGGGCAGUGUCAUGGAUGUGGGGUUCAUACUUGUGAAGACGGUAGCAAGUAUUCGGGUGAAUUCAAAGGAGGUAUCAAACAUGGGCUUGGCCACUAUCAUUUCAGAAAUGGAGACACAUAUGCCGGAGAAUAUUUUGCUGACAAAAUGCAUGGUUUUGGUGUCUACCGAUUUGCAAACGGACACCGGUAUGAGGGUGCCUGGCAUGAAGGAAGAAGACAAGGGUUUGGUAUGUACACUUUCAGAAACGGAGAUACUCAAUCGGGUCACUGGGAUAACGGGGUUCUCACUGUUUCAACCUCUCAAAAUACGUUUGUUUCUGGAUCAUCCAGCUCCAUUUCUCAUGCCAAAGUCCUUAAAGCUGUGCAGGAAGCAAGACGUAUAGCUGAGAAAGCAGUCUGUAUAUCUGAUGUUGCUGAGAGGGUUAACCGAUCAGUGACUGCAGCUAACCGGGCAGCCAAUGCAGCUAGAGUGGCAGCAGUUAAGGCAGUCCAAAACCGAAUGCAUCAGCAUGAUGACAAUGAUGAUGUUCCACUGGAUAUUGUCUAAUUCACUUGUGUUUAUUUGACCUCUUUUGAGGGAAGUAGUGUUUAAAUUAUAACGGGUUUUUUAGAAGUAAUGAUGGUGGCUGGUGGUGCAAGGAGGUGGUGCUGCUUGGAACCGCAAUCAGUUUAGGAUAAUGAAGUUACUGAUUGAGGAGCAUAUGGUAUCCCUCUUUCUUCUGGCUGGCUACAAAUAAGUAUAUGUUUAUAUAUGAUAUGCUGCUACGGUUACUAGUAGGUUUAUGAAUUCAAAGAGCACUAAAGUGCUUGUUGCCUUUUUUCCGUGUAACAUGAAAUCAGAAGGAUAUUUGAGGAAGGGGCUUAUUACAGCAUAAUACUGCUGCAUAGUCACCAAGAUUCAUGAGUAUUUUGAGGACCUUUUCAUGUCCUCUGUCUUUUUUGUUCAAAUGUAAAAUGUAAAUGGUUGUGUUUUUACUUGGAAAAAGAAUCAACAUAGUUAGUAGUGUA